UAAAAAAAAAAUAGGAUUUAGAGAAUCUAAGGUGUCAAUGAAGAAAGAGAACGGUGGAUUGUCCUUGUACUCAAACUUCUACUGAUAUGCAACAACGGAACUUUUCCCAUAAACAAAUCAAACUCAAUUUCAUAUUUCAGAUCCACAAUUCAAAAUUCAUAUAUAUAUACUCCCUCGUAAAAGCUUAAGCUUUCAUCCAUUAAUCAGAUCUUCAUCCAUGGCUUCCACCGCUCAAGCUCUUACCAACCUCCAUAUCACUGGUGAUUUCGAAUCUUCUGCGCCUAAUCUUCAGAAGAAUCUCCACCUUCUUUCUCCUCACCAGGUUGAGCUUGCCAAGACGUUGUUGGAGUUGGGACAGACUCAUUUGUUCAAGCAUUGGGCGGAACCAGGGGUUGAUGACGAUGAAAAGAGAGCUUUCUUUGAUCAGGUGACUCUGCUUAAUGAAAACUACCCUGGUGGCUUGGAUUCAUAUAUUAAAACAGCUAGAGAACUAUUAGCAGAUUCAAAAGCUGGGAAGAACCCAUUUGAUGGCUUCACACCUUCAGUUCCGGAAGGUGAUAUCUUAACAUUUGGUGAUGAUAACUUCAUUAGAUUUGAGGAAACAGGUGUUAGGGAAGUUCAGAAUGCGGCCUUUGUUCUUGUUGCUGGUGGUCUCGGGGAACGUUUAGGCUACAAUGGAAUUAAGGUGGCUCUUCCAAGAGAGACUUCGACAGGAACUUGCUUUUUACAACAUUACAUUGAAUCUGUUUUGGCUCUCGAAGAAGCUAGCUAUGGCCUCACACAAGGAGAAGGUAAAAAAAAGAUUCCUUUUGUAAUAAUGACAUCAGAUGACACACAUUCUCGCACUCUGCAACUUUUAGAAUCAAAUUCUUAUUUUGGCAUGGAGCCUACACAAGUAAUGCUUCUGAAGCAGGAAAAAGUUGCAUGCUUAGAUGAUAAUGAAGCCAGGCUUGCUGUGGAUCCACAUAACAAGUACAGGAUUCAGACUAAACCCCAUGGUCAUGGUGAUGUGCAUUCCCUUUUGUUUUCUAGUGGCCUACUUAACGUUUGGCGUGCUGCUGGUUUGAGAUGGGUUCUAUUUUUUCAAGAUACAAAUGGGCUUCUUUUCAAUGCAAUUCCAGCAGCAAUAGGUGUCAGUGCUACCAGACAAUAUCAUGUUAACUCCCUCACUGUUCCUCGCAAAGCAAAAGAAGCCAUAGGCGGGAUUACCCGGCUUACUCAUGUUGACGGGAGGACAAUGGUCAUAAAUGUGGAAUACAACCAACUUGAUCCUCUACUUAGAGCUACUGGACAUCCUGAUGGAGAUGUGAACUGCGAGACUGGCUAUUCUCCUUACCCGGGAAAUAUAAACCAAUUGAUUUUGGAACUUGGUCCUUAUAUUGAGGAGCUCACAAAAACCAAAGGUGGAAUAAAGGAGUUCGUGAACCCAAAGUAUAAAGAUGCCAGCAAAACUUCAUUUAAAUCUUCAACGCGACUGGAGUGCAUGAUGCAGGAUUAUCCAAAAACCCUGCCUCCAACAGCUAGGGUUGGAUUUACGGUAAUGGAUGCAUGGUUUGCAUAUGCACCCGUGAAGAACAACCCCGAGGAUGCUGCUAAGGUACCAAAGGGAAAUCCAUAUCAUAGUGCCACUUCUGGAGAAAUGGCCGUCUAUCGUGCAAACAGCCUCAUCCUUAGAAAGGCUGGAGUCCAAAUAGCUGAUCCGGUACCAGAGGUCUUUAAUGGACAGGAAGUUGAAGUGUGGUCACGUAUCACAUGGAAGCCUCAAUGGGGUCUCACGUUUUCUGAUAUAAAAAAGAAAGUUGGUGGUAGUUGUUCAAUUUCUCAAAGGUCUACUAUGAUUAUUAAGGGCUGCAACGUAAUUGUGGAAGAUCUAUCCUUGGAUGGUGCUCUUGUCAUUGAUGCCGCCAAAAAUUCAGAGGUUGUUGGUGAAAAAAUGACGUGUGAGAUUAGGUUGGUUGCAUGCCUAAUCUCAAGGAGAAGAAAGGUAAAAGUAGGGGGUUCGGUACAAAACAAGGGUUGGACCAUUGAAAAGGUGGAUCAUAAUGAUACUUCUGUAGCUGAGGAAUUAAGAAUAAGAGGUUUCAGAAUCAAAAGAAUCCAACAGCUCGAAACAGUUGGCUUGCCAAAUUCAUCUUGAAUCCUUAAUUCAAGUUUUUCUAUUCUCAUUCAUUUUCAUUUUGUAACCUCAUGUUUUUUUUUCUUUCUCAAGAGCUAAUCAAGCUGCCGUGAGAUGAUUCUAUUUAUUUAAAGAUAAAUGACAAUAAUAAGUACUGAGUUUGUUACAUAUAUGCAUUUUUUCCUAUAAAGCUAUUGUACUUCUCCAA